UCUGAGUUCUUCCUCUCUCUCUCUCUCUCUCCCUCCUUUGGGCCAAUUUUAGUUCUGGGUUUCUUUCCCUCUCUGUCUCUCUCUCUCUCUCUCUGACAAAAGGAAGUGAAAGUGUAGAAGUAAACAAUUCCUCUGCUUUUUUACCAAAACUGUUCCUUAUUUUCUUCUUCUUUGUUGCUCCCUCACCUCUUGGGGACUUCUAUUUUUUCUCUCUCUAUUUUUUGUUUUUGUUUUUUUGGUAGUGUGCGAUCUUCCUAAUUUUUGUCCACUUGCUAGUACCCUUCUAUGAGGAAUUGACUAGAUGGAGAAGCCGUUAAAGAAACCUAUGUCAGAAGAAUCUGAAGCUGCUUCAGCAAAGACUUCUUGUAAAGAGAAGAACGCGUGGGCUAUUCCCCUUGGAUCUGCUGCGUAUCAUGCAUCAGCUGAUACAAGCUUGUUUUCAAGCUCACUGCCUGUGCUGCCACAUGCGAAACUAAACUUCAAUGAGUCUGAGAACUAUGGUCAAUCCGUUGACGAUAACUCACCUAGCUUAAGCAAGCAUCAAUUGGAAGAUAAAAUUAAAGAUCAGUUAGAAGAGGUUGAGCAAAUUCCAGUCGGGUUCUUGCUUCCGGGGGAUGAAGACGAGCUACUGGCAGGCUUAAUGGAUGAUUUUGAUCUUAGUGGAUUACCGACGCAGGUGGAGGAUUUGGACGAUGAUUUUUUUGGCAGUGGAGGACUCGAAAUGGAACCUGAGGAUCAAAAUAAUUUACUUAACGGUUUUGCAAACUUAAGCAUGUCUUAUAGUUAUCCAAAUGGUGCUGCAACUGUUGUCGGGGAGCACCCAUAUGGAGAGCAUCCGUCAAGGACAUUAUUCGUUCGAAAUAUUAACAGCAACGUAGAGGACUCAGAGUUGAAAUCUCUCUUUGAACAAUUUGGUGAUAUCAGAACUCUAUAUACUGCAUGCAAGCAUAGGGGCUUUGUGAUGAUAUCUUACUAUGAUAUUCGGGCUGCUCGAACUGCAAUGCGUGCACUACAAAAUAAGCCCUUGAGACGAAGAAAGCUAGACAUUCAUUUUUCCAUUCCUAAGGAAAAUCCAUCAGAGAAAGAUGUUAACCAAGGAACUCUUGUAGUGUUCAACUUGGAUCCAUCGGUGUCCAAUGAGGAUCUUCGGCAAAUAUUUGGGGCGUAUGGUGAAGUCAAGGAGAUCAGGGAAACACCACAUAAACGCCAUCAUAAGUUCAUUGAAUUCUACGAUGUCAGAGCAGCGGACGCAGCUCUUAAAGCAUUAAAUCGUAGCGACAUAGCUGGAAAGCGGAUAAAGCUUGAACCCAGCCGACCUGGUGGAGCCCGUAGAAAUUUGAUGCAGCAACUAAGUCAAGAACUGGAAAGCGAUGAAAUUCGAACAUUUAGGCACUCAGUUGGUUCUCCGGUGGCCAGCUCUCCUCCAGGCAGCUGGUCAAACUUCGGCAGUCCUGUUGAAUCCAAUCCUUUGCGAGGUUAUAGUCAAUCACCUGGUCUGAGAAAUCUCAGCCCUGUAAAUGGUAAUCUUAUGCCAGGGCUGGCCUCUAUUCUUCCUGCACACCUCUCAAGUCCGAAGAUUGCACCUAUUGGUAAAGAUACCGGAAGGGUUGGCCAUUUGAAUCAGGUAACUACUAGUCCAAAGUUGGCGCAAGGAGUGGGUAAUUAUCAGCAUUCUUUUUCAGUCCCGGAGAGGAAUCCAGCUUCAGGCAUGGGAUCUAUGCCAUUUGGUAACAACUCUAAGCCAUCUGGUACUGCAACACUUACCGGUCCACAGUUUCUGUGGGGUAGUCCCCCUAUUCACUCGGAGCGUACCGACUCUUCUAUCUGGCCAACUUCAUCAAUGGCACAUCCUCCAUUUGCAUUAAAUGGACAAGGACAAGGCUAUCUCCAUUCACGUAGGCAAGGUUCUUUCCUCGGAUCGCAUCACGUGGGGUCCGCUCCAUCUGGAAUUCCUCUGGAAAGGCAUUUUGGUUUCCCGGAAUCUCCUCAGACAUCAUAUGUAAACCCACUUGUAUUUGGAAGUGGAGGUUCUACUCAUAACAAUGGAAGUCAGGUGAUGAAUAUAGGUUCCCUUGGAGCGAUGAACAUGGGUGUUGGUCUUACUGGGAACUUUACUGACAGUGGUUCUCCUAGCUCUAGAAUGAUGCCAUUGACAAGGAAUGGGCCUAUAUUUUCCGGAAAUGGCUCUUACGGAGGACUAGGAACAGUUAGCGGCGAAGGACUAAUUGAACGUGGUCGAAGUCGGAAAAUUGAGAGUGGUAAUCAGAUUGACAACAAGAAACAGUAUCAGCUUGAUCUGGAGAAGAUCAGAAGAGGAGAAGAUACUAGGACCACUUUGAUGAUUAAGAACAUCCCAAACAAGUACACGUCGAAGAUGCUACUUGCAGCAAUUGAUGAGACUCAUAAGAAUACAUACGAUUUCCUAUAUUUGCCAAUUGAUUUCAAGAAUAAAUGUAAUGUUGGUUAUGCCUUCAUCAACAUGGUGUCUCCUGCACAUAUCGUCUCCUUUUAUGAGGUAUUCAAUGGGAAGAAGUGGGAAAAGUUUAACAGUGAAAAAGUUGCGACGUUGGCUUAUGCACGUAUCCAGGGAAAGGUAGCUCUGGUUACUCACUUCCAGAACUCAAGCUUAAUGAAUGAAGACAAACGGUGCCGACCAAUUCUUUUCCAGUCAGAGGGCCAAGAUGCAGCUGAUCAGGAAACUUUGCCAUCGAGCAAUCUUAAUAUUUGUAUUCGUCGGCCUGAUGGAUCCUAUUCGGGAGAUUCUCUUGAUAGCCCAAAGGGUAGUCUCGAUGGGAAGCCAGAGAUAUUCACUGGAAGCAGCUGACUCUUAUUCAUAAAUGGCGGCAAUGGGUUCUAACUGUGAAUAGAAAUUCGAGUACAUAAUUUGUCAAGGAACUAAGGAAGCCAUGAAAUUGCAUAUAGUUACUUGUGUGUGCUAGCAGUGUCUACUUUUUGGAUGAAAGACACUCUAGAGCAUGUAAGACGAAUUGUUACCGAGGCAGAGAGCAUUUUGUUUAUAUGUAGAAUGAUGACACAAUUGAUGAUCUAUUUAACAAAGGGGAGUAAAAUAAGGUUUAAGCAUUCAGCCAAAGUGUGAAGUUCCUCAGCUGAUAUGCUUUGCUAGUUGCAGCAAUGCAGGAUUUCUCCUUUCUACUUUUACUUUUUUGGCUGUUAUGCCUCUUGUUUUGGUGGGAUUCUCUUACCUAAUUAAUGCAUACUUUUUUUUAUACUUGUGGGGCUGUUUUAUAAGUGUAUAGGAUGGAGAUUAACAGACCCUGCAUUCUUUCUUGAAUUAUGUAAUGACUACCUACUGUUGUAUUUAUCACAUUUGUGGUUUAAAUGAUGCUUUCUUAUUCCAAA